AUGGAAGAUUUGAGAAAAAAUAAAAUUAUUUUCAUGAUGGGUGGCCCUGGCUCUGGCAAAGGCACACAGUGUGAGAAGCUGGUGGAAAAAUAUGGCUUUACUCAUCUCUCCACUGGUGAACUCCUGCGUAAAGAACUAGCCUCCGAAUCUGAAAGAAGCAAAUUGAUCAGAGACAUCAUGCAGCGUGGAGACCUGGUACCCUCGGACAUCGUUCUGGAGCUCCUGAAGGAAGCCAUGAUGGCCAGCCUCAACAACACACAGGGCUUCCUGAUUGAUGGCUACCCUCGGGAAGUGAAGCAAGGGGAAGAGUUCCACCGCAGGAUUGGAGUCCCACACUUGGUGAUCUGCAUGGACUGCUCGGCAGACACCAUGACCAACCGCCUUCUCCAAAGGAGCCAGAGCAGCCCGUGCCUAGAGGACACCACCAAGACCAUUGCCAAGCGUCUGGAAACCUACUACCGAGCGUCCAUCCCCGUGAUGGCCUACUAUGAGGCAAAAACACAGCUGCGGAAGAUAAAUGCAGAAGGAACACCAGAAGAAGUUUUUCUUCAACUCUGCACAGCUAUUGACUCUAUUUUCUGAAGGCAAACGUGAACGAAGGCAAAAAUGAAUGUCUGCUAAGAUUGGAAAUAUACAUUCAAAAGUUCACUCCUUGGUUUCAAGUUAAGCUUUUUGUGUCUCCCAUAUCCAGAUAUGAUGGCCAGUCUGUGCGAGUGCUGUCUGGAAAUCAUGCAUGGGGGUUCUUUGGACUGUCCAUUUUCCUUAUACUUUCUAUCACGUAGGUCACACCUCAGUGAUGUCAGUAUGCGAACAACAAUGUAAUGUCAAUCUGUGUCAGCUGUACCUCCUAGGCCUUGCUGGAGUCAGAUCAUCUGGUUCUAUUCUUACCAGUGUCCCUAACUACUAUCACAUCUGUCCUCACCCCAAGAUGUGUCUGGUCUUCCCUGAGGCCCUGAGGUCCUGAACAUGGGAACAGGCUUAGGUAUCCUCCUUUGGAGGCUGGCUAUUUCAAUUUGUAUCCACUAGAGGCUAGAGCCAAAGAGGCGUGACUAAGGCAAUGGGUCUAUAUAUCAUAUAGACCUAUCUAGCAAGUAACACUUGCUAGAAGUUUUUUUUUUUUUUGAAAUAUAACAUUGUAUAGCUUUUCCAAGAUGGCAAGACCCAUGUGAGCCUUCAAUAACAUUCUCUAGCAAACUGGUUACUUGGAAUAGUGUCACAAUGGCUAAGAGAACAAAUGUCAUCACUUUACACAGUGGUGCAUUAUAAAUUAGUAUCAAUAUCCAAAAAUAAUCUAAAAGCAUGAUCUCUUUCAAUCACUGGACAAAUAUCAUCUCAUAAUUUUUAUUUGAGAUGAUGCCCCACUUAUUAAAUGUCAAGCAAAUAAGAAACAGAGCAACAGUAACUAAACUGCUGUGGGUGGCAAGGGCAUGUUAGCAAGCAGGUGUUUUGCAGAGUCCGGUGUUAUAUUUGUCUCAUAUGGGCCCCUCCCAGGGGUUUGCAAACUGUGCAUCAAACCAGUGAUAUGUGGGUUCUUUUUUGUGCUAUCUCCUGUCAAAUAAGAGCUUCUUCUGUAUCCUACUAAAUAAUAACAUCUUCCAUUCAGCUACUACAAAUUUCUAUAGUUCCUGUUUGCAUGAUUUUCUUUUUCUUCAAUGUUGUGCAACUAUAAGGAUCCAUUUCUGAAACAGAACUGUAUUUUUAAAGUCAUUUUUU